AUGACUAAUCUAUUUCACUUAUUACCUAAUGUUACUCAUUCAAAAGUUGAAAUAUUUUCUCUCAAUAUCGAUGCACAUCGAUGGGAACAAAUUAUUAGUAAUUAUUUACCUAAACUGAACGUUUUACAAUAUAUGAUGAGUUUAAAUCUCGGUCAUUCGAUUGAUGAUCAAAUUGAUGAAGAAAAAAUUGAUCAAUACCUUGCAACGUAUCGAACAUCAUCAAUGGUUUAUUAG